AUGGACAACAUUGCUGCGCCCUUCAGGGUUCCUGCGUACGCAGCCCCAAGCAUCUUACUCGAUACGUUACCCAUAGAGAUUCAGGAUCUCAUCUUCCAUUAUGUCGUCCUGGACUCAAACCCAGGGGAGCUCAAACGACUUCGGUUAUCCAACCGCUAUUUUCGAGAUCGUGCCGAUAUCUAUCUCUUCCGAACACUUCAUAUUAGUGCAAGUAAUUUGAGUCUCGACAGAGUCAGGAAGGUUGCAGAAAACGAUCGUCUCAGAGUCCAUGUCCAGGAGCUCGUCUACCAUCGCGGCACUUUCUCUGGCCACAAAAUGUCACAAUACGGACUAUCCUUGAAAGCACGAGAUUAUGGCGAUUUCGAGGAAUACAUGUGCUACGCAGCUUUUUGCGAGGAACUCGAAGCAGAGUCAAACUUCAACCGAGAACUAUCGUGGCGUAUGUCCAUGAAGAAAAAUUGCUCGCGCUUCCCGAAGCUGGAACACUUGACCACGCAAUGGGCUUAUGAGGACUUGAACUCUAAAUAUCUGAGAAAGAGAUGUGGUCUUACACACCAAAGUGCUACCCCGAACUAUUUUGCACCAUAUGAGAUAUUCGAGUCUUGUGGGCCUUCAUUUCGACCUAGGGUAUUGAGCCUAGAGGGUGUUGAAGGUGAGGACUUUGCGGCUAUCAUGACAUUUAUUCGAGGUGGUGUAGAGGCUGUCAAAGCAAGAUUCUCGGAGCUGCGAUACCUCAAGUUGAGCUUCAGCGAGACUGUCGCUACACUUGAGGUGGAAGGCACUUAUGAUGUCUUUAUCCAGGCAUGUGACAAUCUGCGUUUCUUACAUCUCGACUUCAGCUCAUUUACCUCACUGCGUCUCCGGAAAGAUCCUCACUGUUUUCCACAACGACUCAUCAAGAUCGUGUUACAGCGUCACUUUCCGAGGCUUUCGCACCUCGAGCUCAAAAACGCCAUGAUGACAGAGCUGGAUCUCAUUGGCUUUGUCCAUCACCACAGCAGAACGCUACAAACACUCUCCCUAGACGACUGGUCAAUGCCUGUCACGAGUGAGGGCCAAGCAACGGGGUCAUUCAUCAGAACGCUCUGGAAACUAGGAAAACUACCUCUGAACAAAUCACGCACCAUCACCCUGAACGGCAGUUUCUCGAACAACAAAGACAAUUCAGGUUGGAAUAUCACUCACGCAAACACCGGACGCCCUAGCGUUGCGUCGAGAGUACACUCGUUUCUCUCUGGCGCUGAAGGGCAUGACUUUCCUUUCAACAUCACUGCUGAGCAGAUUGAGAAAGCCACGACAAGUGUGCAGCUUGUGGACCUCGAUAUGAUGCCUCUGAGGUUGGGCCAGAAGGAUAAUACAUUUGUGUGGUGCACUGAUGCGGUAUGA